AGAACAUCCCCGCGCAUCCAAGUUCAACAACGUUCACUUCGCUCCUCAUUUCGAACGAGAUCCUCGAACCAGGCUCACGGUCGUAUCUGUGUCCUUCCAGUCGAUAUAUAAUCGUCUUGACUCUAAAAUACCACGCCUAACCCCUCAGAUACACGGCACCCGAGGCGCUCUGUCCAUCCACCAGGCAUCCUCGUCCCAGUCCUCAAGGUCCUCCUCCAUCCAAAACACCACUUCCACCCUCUCAGCCUUACAGCCUUCCCUCACCACAACCACCACAAUCCUUCAAAAUGCACGACAACCGAACCCACCCCCUCCUCCAACAACUCCCCCUAACCGUCUCCCCCUUCGUCUCCCUCCCCUCCUCCGCCACUUUACCCUACACCUACAAGCCGAUGCCAAGCGCCCUACCACCCUCCACAUCCGGCGUCGGCAUCAACAACCCCCAACACUCCGAAGGCGGCAGCGACCCAACAACAUCCUCAUCAUCUAACAACAAACCAAAAUACAUCAUCUCCCCCACCUCCGGCCACGCCGCCCACCCAGACGACAUCAUCGCCUCCUGUCAGGCUCUACAAGCGCACGUCGCCAAGUUACAAUCUGACGCGGGCGCAGAACUCAAAGCUCUGGAGGAGAGAAUCAAGAAGAGGGAGUUGGCCGAGAAGAGACGGGUGGCGCCGGGGUGGUUGGAUAGUGAGGCUAGGUUGUUGGAGCCGGAGCGGAAGGGUGGGAACUCCAAGGGAGGGAAUGGAGGGAGUUUGUUGGAUGCGCAAGAUGGUGAGGGGGACGAGCAGCAGGGAGGAAAUGGGGGGAAGGAUGGGGGUAUUGCUGGGUUGACUCAAAGGUUCGGCGGGCACGGGUUUGGAUUGGGGCCGGCUGGUUAUGGGGGGCAAGGAAAUGGGGGACCAAGUGAGAUGGCGGUGCCGGAUCAAGGGGAGGAACUGGAUAGGGCAUUUGGGAUGGUGGGCAUGGGUUCAAAGGUAAUGUUUUAGUUGUUCUGGCGAUAUGAGUUUGCGAUACGAAAAUCCGGUAUCGUGAGAGCCUCCCUAGCUGGCUAAGUUUUGGAGUUUGAGCAGGCAGCACCAGGGUCCCUUUUAUGCUUUUCAAAGAAUCUACAAGUAGCUGGAUUUUGGCUCUCACAUACUUGUGCAAACUUAAGAUCGCACGGGACGGGACAAGAAAGCGAAUGUCAACUACAUCUCAAGGUAGAUCAGAGGGCACGGCAAGAUUGUCGAGCACCAG